AUGGCAUCGGAUCCCUACCUGCUGUCAGAGGUAUUGGCCAUCGCAAAUAUCCAUCCUUUCUACGUCCCCAAAAUCAAGUAUCCACCAGACGAAGAGACCGUCAAGGCAGUCCAAGAACAAGUCAAGCGCGAUGCGAAGAAAGUCAAUCUAAGCUCCCAGAGCUUGUUGCAAAAGCACAACCUAUCCAUGGAUCUCAUUGCAGAAAUCUGCGAAAAUGGGGGAGCCAGCGUUCUGUGCGGGGAGACUUUUAUGUACGGAUUCAUCGUUCCUAUCUUGGGAUUCAUGAUCAAGGACCGCCUUCAUAUAGAUCCCUCUCAAACUCAGAAGCUUACAUCCAAUGUUCUCGCUUUCCAUGGAGCCAUUUCUGUCAUCUCAGGCCCCGUCAUUGGACAUUUCGCCGAUAAAGUUGAAAGCCAGAGAACCUCACUCCUGAUAUCAAUGCUGGGGUGUAUUAUCGGCACUUUGAUGGUCGCUAGCGCCCAUUACGUCACCGUCCUAUUUACCGGUCGAUUUCUCCAAAGCAUAGCGGAGUCUACAGUGUGGAUUGUUGGGUUAACAACAGUGACGGGAAUCGUCCCUGAAAAUCAACUGGGUACCGUGAUGGGUGUCAUGAUGUCCUUCAUCAACACGGGAAUGCUUACCGGACCUAUCGCUUCGGGGUUCCUGUUAGAGCGCGCAGGGUACUGGGAGAUGUGGUCCGUACCACUCGUAGUUCUGACCCUAAAUAUUAUCGCGUGUCUAAUUAUGGUCGAGCCCACAUCCAAACAAUCUUGCGAGCCCGAAGCCAUGGGAGAGGCUGAAUGCCUGCUCGCCAACCGUGUAGAUCCUCAAAGUUCGCCGAGUCCGCCAAAUUUCUGGAAGCUAAUGCUAUGCGACAGUCGUGUCCUUACGGUAUGGCUAGUGGGUAUCGCGAGCACAACUGUUAGCACGAGCUUUCAUGCGACACUGCCUCUCCAUGUGCAAGAAGUGUUUGGAUGGGGCCCUAGUAUGACUGGACUUCUCUUUUCGUGUUUCAGUUUGCCGACUCUUUUUGUCGGCCCUCUCGCCGGUUGGGUCCGCGACACCAUUGGAGCAAAACUUCCAGCCACGGCCUCGUUGGCCGUACAGGCAGGGCUACUAGGCCUAGCAGGAGUUGCUGGGAACGAUCAGUUUUCAUGGGCUCGCAGGCAGGGCGCUGGACCAGCACUUUAUAUUGUCUCACUUCUUGCCAUUGGAGCAUUGAGACCAUUCAUGUCGGCUAUCGGACCAGCCGAGCUCUCCACUAUCGUCAAGGAGUAUCAAGCUAGAACACCAGGCAAUUUUGGUCCUCAAGGUGGCCUCUCCCGCGUGUUUUCUAUGGUUGACGUUUCUGCCUCUUUCGGGAUGAUGAUCGGCCCUAUCAUCGGGGGUGUCCUUAAGGAAACUAUUGGAUAUACAUAUAUGAGUUGCGCGUUUGGUAUGUAA